UAGCUGAAUCAUUGCUCUGGUGGGGGCGUCCUCUACCUCUGUCCCUGCGUCUUGGCAGCCAGCGUAAGCUAUCAGACACAGCUUUCAAACCUGCUGUGUGGGUCCUGUCUGCCUCUCCUCUCCUCCUUUUUCCCUCUUUCUCUCUCUCUCUCUUUCAUCAUGAUGGUUUCAGGGAAAACACUUCCAUGAUGUCUGAAGUCUGCAGCAGGACCUCAGAGAGAUGAAGUGAGAUAUUCUGGGAAUGAGUCAGGAAGGAAGCAGAGCAGUGACAGAAAGAAGCUUUGCAUAUUGCCAUGCACUGGCCAAGGGAGGGGCUAAAACAGAUCAACAGAAGAAGAAAAAAGGCAGCCCUGUGACAUGUGUUUCUGUCAGGUCUUACACCUGUUAACCCAAAGAGACCAAACCAAAAUAUCAGAACAGACUUUCUGUGGGUAAAACUGGGAAAAUGGGAGAGCAAAAAAACAGUGAGAGAUCAAGCUGAUAAUGAUGCAGUGUUUUCGUGCGCUUGCAAGCAGGCAGAGAGAGAUGGAGGGAGGUUAUCACUAUCAGAGCAAGGGACUGUGGAACAGUGAGUCACGACGACAGUGACGAAGACACUGCUCCUGCUCUCUUCCGGACUAGCCCUCCCCAUGUGGGGAACACUUCUGAAUUUUUACCCAGCACGAGGACAGCCUUGAGCUGGGCAGCUUUCCCACCAAGGGCAUCAGGGACGCCCUGACUGGAAGGUGCUCCCCUCUCCUCACCAGUUAGCCUGGAGAAGAAACCAAUAGGCAACCCAUUUUCAAGAGGAACGUAGUUGCCUAUCUAAAAGGGAUACAAUACACAGAAGAUUGAGACUUGCACCUACUGCCUCAGGUUCUUCUGUGGAGCUCGAAGGAUAUCUGUACUGUCAGAAAUGAGUGACUGAAGGAUUUGACUGUUUCUUCUGUCAGACAAGUAGAGAUACGUUGGCACUGAUUAAGUGUGUCCUCUCACGUGUUGCACAACUUAAGGAGAAAUAUAAUUUUUUUAAAUUCAAUCUUCAUUGGGGCACUUCAUUGGGAGACAGUUGUGUUUCCACGAAUACUUGGUGCGAAACAUAAAAAGUCAGUUGGUGCCUACUAGUCACAGGAUCGACAGGGUCACUGGCACCCACUCCAUUGCGUCCCACUGCUGCUGGGAAUGGGGUAAGUGGCCAUGGUGGUCACACAGCUGGAACUGGAGCUGUGCUAUCAGGGCCAGAAGCUGAGGGGCUUCACGUGUAAGCUGACCCGCUCUGCCCAUGGAUUCCUGCCCGAGAGCUCCUGCCUCAUCGCUGCCCAGGUUCUUGUGCCCUUCCUGGUGGCUGGAUUGGGCAUGGUGGCAGCUGGUAUUGUCAUGGAUAUUGUGCAACACUGGGAGGUUUUUAAAGUCAUCACGGAAAUAUUUAUCCUGGUUCCAGCAUUGGUCGGAUUGAAGGGCAACUUGGAGAUGACCCUAGCAGCUAGACUGUCCACUGCUGCAAACACUGGACAAAUGGAUGACCCCAACCAGCAGUGGAUAAUGGUGUGCAGCAAUCUGGCUCUAAUACAGGUUCAGGCCACAGUGGUGGGCUUCCUGGCUGCUAUGGCAGCAGUGGUGCUGGGGGCGUUCUCUCGAGGAGGGGUGGAGCUGGACCAGGCGGCUGUGCUGUGUGCUAGCAGUGUGACCACUGCGUUUGUGGCAGCACUGUCCUUAGGUACUGCACUACAUAACAAAGCACUGUCCUUAGGUCUGGUGAUGAUCGGGGUGAUAAUCAUGUCCAGGAAAGUGGGAAUCAACCCAGACAAUGUGGCCACCCCAAUAGCGGCCAGUUUAGGAGACCUCAUCACCUUGUCCUUACUGUCUGGAGUCAGCAGCACUCUGUUUGAAUACAGAGACGUGUGGUACCUGUCCCCUCUAGUGUGUGUCUUCUUCCUGGUCCUCAUCCCUGUGUGGGUGGUCAUUGCCCGGCGGAGUCCACAGAUCAGGGAGGUCCUCAGGUCUGGCUGGCAGCCUGUCAUUGUGGCCAUGUCCAUCAGCAGUUUUGGAGGUCUUAUUCUUGACAGGACAGUGAGCGACCCUAAAUUUGAGGGAAUGGCUGUUUUUACACCUGUCAUCAAUGGCGUGGGGGGGAACUUGGUUGCUAUUCAGGCCAGCCGCAUCUCCACCUAUCUCCACUCCUGGAGUCUGCCGGGGGUUCUGCCCUACAACAUGAGGCAGCACUGGCCCAAUCCCUGUGUCACCUUUUUCUCCUCAGGAGUGAACUCCAAAUCGGCACGAGUGCUGUUUCUGCUGGUGGUGCCUGGUCACUUAGUGUUCCUGUCAGCAAUAAGUCUUCUCCAGGGAGGACACACCGCCAUCACCAUCGCCUUCACCUGCUGUUACCUUACUGCUGCUCUUCUUCAGGUGGGGAUCCUUCUGUACGUGGCUGACCUGAUUGUGAGGUUCAUGUGGAGACGGAGCCUGGACCCAGACAACUUCUCCAUCCCAUACCUGACUGCACUGGGGGACCUGCUGGGGACUGGCUUCUUAGCUUCAUGCUUCCAUCUGGUCUCGCUGGUGGAGGGCCUUGGCUUGUGAGGAGUUAGCCCCCAUCCCUGGGUCUCCCCAUGUGGCCUGUCUCUGGCCUGGCUCUGGGGCUACCUGAUGUCAGGCAUUGUAUGUCUCCCACCUGACUGACAGUUCAGCAGGACGUCAACCCACUGGGGGAUCUGACCACACAUGACUCCUUGUUGGCUCAUCAACAGGGUAUUACUUGACUUGAAAAAUGUAUGUCUACCUGCGCUGGUGACCACUCAUUUUCCUCACAAACUGUUUUGUGUAUGAAAUUACCUGGAAUCAUCAUAUAAAUGAUCUCAUUAUAAUACACACACAGAUAGAGAACUGGAUCGUAUUGGAUUAGGACUGGACUUUUUCUUCGAAAUUAUCGUUUGUGCCACGUAUAAUAUGAAUUAGAUAAUUUUUACAGUAUUCAUGGAUGCAGGAUGCAUUGGCUAUUUGCAGGGUGUAGUGGGACAUAAGACAAAAUCUUCAUGUCUGAUUUUUCAGUACCACAUUGUGAAAUGACAUUCUUAAACAUAAGCAUGGUAUACAAUAGUGGUAGAGCUUUCACUACGCCUGUAACCCUAGCCAGUGGUUGCCAUCUCCACGAGGUGAACAUAUAAAGAAAUAAUAAAGAAAAUAAUAGAAUUUGUGCUUUGCUGUGAGUAGCUUGCACAUAAGCAAUAUACAGUUUCAUACACUUUAACAACAUUUUAUAUUUCACUGACAAAAUUGUGCUGAAUUUGAAACCCCAUUCGGUACCACUUGUUAUUGUAAAUCCUUAAUUCACUUCUACAUUUGCGGAAUUAACUUUAUUUCUAACAUCAUAAGGAAAUUGUUUUAUCAAAUAGGUUUGUUUUUUUCAUAAAUAAAACAAAAUACAUUUUGUUGAAAAAUUCAUUUAUUUUUUAUUUUUUUGUAAAUACGGCAGUAAACAGGAAGCUCCACAAUAACUUACGAUCAAAUGAAUACUAUGUCCACAUGGUUUGUUUUUGGCAGAAGCGUUCCCUCCAUAGCAGUGCUUCAGUGAAAAGUCAGACAUUCUCAAACCCAUGGGAAUGAUUCAUGUGAAGGUGUGUUUAAUUGUCUUGAAUGUACCCUGUAUGAUUGAUAUCAGGACAAUAAAAACCUCCUACCAUUA